AUGGAGAGGGUUGGCCAGCUCUGUCGAUCAGGUUUGCCAUGGCUGUUACUCCUGAUGUUUGCUGCCACAGGGUUUUGUGAGACAGUUCAUUGCCAGUGGGGACCUUUUGGGGAGUGGUCUGAAUGUGAUGCCUGCACCAAGACCCAGACAAGAAGCCGAGCCAUGGUGGUCUAUGCUCAGUUUGGAGGGAACCCCUGUGAUGGAGAGCGAACCCAGACCAGGACCUGUGAAACCACACAAGGCUGCCCUCUAGAGGAUGGAUGUGGAAACAGGUUCCGCUGCCGAUCAGGGAAGUGUGUCAGCAGAUCUCUGGUGUGUAAUGGGGAUCAGGACUGUGAGGAGGAUAAUGAGGAUGAACUUGUCUGUGACCCACUGACAAAAUAUCCACCUGCAUGUCCAACUGCAGGCUUAGCCCUCCCACCUAAAAUUAAUCUCUUAGGACAGGGGUUUGAUGCCGUGACCGAGAAGCGAAAGGGAAGUGUCAUCAAUACAAUGAGCUUUGGGGGCCAGUGUCGCAGCAUCUUCAGUGGUCUCCACAUGUAUUCUUACAGACUGCCUUUAAGCACCACACAGUAUAACUUCAUGGUUCAAGUUAGGAACGACUUCAGCGAUGAGACGUUCAACAGCAGAUGGCACUAUGCAAAAGACAUUGUCCGCCGAGAGACUUUGAAAGGCACUGCCUCGGGAUACAACAACUACGACUUCCAUGAGACAGAAGACCACGACAAGAACCGCAAGCUUUUGAUUUUGAAGAACACCAUAGAGGUAGUUCAGUUCCAGAACAAUGCACCUCAAUACCUCCCAAUAUCAGAGGAGUUUUGGAAGGCGCUGGUCAAACUCCCAACUGUCUACAACUACGACGAGUACCGUAAGGUUUUAGAGAGGUUUGGAACACACUACCUGUCUGAGGGCAGUCUCGGAGGGUCUUUCCGUGCCGUCGUAAGCAUCGACCAGGAAACCUACAAGCAUGUAGUCUCGCAGAAAAGUUCUUUUGAUGAAUGCGUAAGGACCAAACGCUGGAUUCUGUUCAUUCCCAUCACAACUGAGAACUGCAGGCGGGGUGGACAUGAGAGUAGUUCAAGAAAUGAAUUAAACGUGAAUAACAUUGUGAGAAAGGUGAAUGUGGAUGGGGGAAGCACCCAACAUAUUGCAGCGCUACUGAAUAUGAACCUCGACGAUGCGGACAAAAACCAGGAAAUGUACUCAAACUGGGCUGAUUCCAUUAGAUCUUUUCCAGACGUCAUAAAACAAAAGCUGCGGCCGGUGUCAGAGCUGGUGAAGGAGGUGCAGUGUGCUGGGGUGAAGAGGCUGUACCUUCGCAGGGCCAUUGACCAGUACAUUGCUGAGCAUCACCCCUGCCACUGCCAGCCCUGCGACAACAACGGCUUGGCUGUCAUGGAUGGCAGUGAGUGUAAAUGCAUCUGUAAGCCUGGCACAUCGGGACUGUCCUGUGCAGUGGGAAGUGAAGUGGAGGGUCAGCCAGGAGUGAUACAUGGCAGCUGGUCCUGCUGGUCUGGCUGGUCAUCGUGUUCUGGAGGCAAGAGGUCACGAAGUCGCUCCUGCUCUAAUCCCUCUCCUCAGAACGGAGGACAACACUGCACUGGAGAAUCCACAGAGACGUCUGACUGUGAAGACCAAGAGCUGCAAUACUUAAAGACCAUGGAGCCUCAGUGCUUUGACCUGUCUCUCCCAGCAAAGGCGAAGUGUGGAGAGCCACCUGUUCUAAUCAAUGGCUAUGUUCUGGAGCCUAAAGAUGUUUACAUUGUGACAAGUAGAACUGAGUAUACCUGCAUUGAAGGUUACCAUCUGGUUGGUAACAGCAUGUUGGAAUGCACUGCUGAUCAAACCUGGACUGGGACCCUGGGACUGUGCACAAUGUCAAGGUGCAGGAUUGAGUCCCUCUCCGACAGUGUUUCAGCCUCUCCAUUAAAGCAGUCCUACGGCAUUGGGGAGAGGAUCACCCUGUCAUGCCCAGAGGGCAGACACAUUGUUGGAGAAACAGAGAUUAUCUGUGACCCCAGUCUACACUUUUCACCAGACCCUGCAGGCAUCACAUGUAGUGAAGUCAAUACACAACAAAGACAGAACAAUGAUACAGCGACGGUGCAAUGUAAACCAUGGGAGAAAUUAGUCAAGGGAAAAUGUAUUUGCAGGAUGCCUUUUGAGUGCACAUCAUCUUUGGAGGUGUGUGCCACGAGUGCUGAGCGGAGCCGUGCAGCUCUACUGAGUGUGUGCAAACUGCAUGCUCUGCAGUGUAUAGGGAAGAACUACAACCUAUCAGAGGACAGCGCCUGCCAGUGGCCACAGCGCACAACUACACUUUGUAACAAAUGUCAAAUGUGGGAGACCUGUGAUGAUCAAACCAAUGCGUGCCGCUGCAAGGACACUGCAGAGUGCUCGGUCCCAGGCUUGAGUGUGUGUGUCCAUGUUGGGGAGAAUGCGACCACAGCCACCCAGACAAUGAGCGAGUGUGAAGCAGGGCAGCGGAGAUGUAAAGGAGAGAAGGUGUCGGUGCUCAGCAUCCUUCCCUGUACCUCCUGAGGACAGAAGUUCACAACUUACUCAG